GGGAGGUAAUUCAACUUAUAACCUCUUCACAGAAACAUGGCGUCUGCAGCGUCAAUCUCUGCAGCAUCGCGAUCUGUUUCUUCUACUCGUCCAUGGAACCCAAACUUUACUCACUGCGAUAGAGAAAGGUGGAUUUGUUUGUAUCCAGCUUAUAUCAACAGCAAAAAAACUACUAAAGAAGGUCGGAGAAUUCCAAAAGAAAAGGCUGUUGAUAAUCCAACUUUUAUAGAAAUCCGAGAUGUAUGCGCAGCUGCUGGAAUGACUAUAUCUCCAGAAAGUAAAGUGUAUCCCCGUGAACUUGACCAUCGUGAUAAUAAAGCCCUGGGACGCAUCCGUAUUCAGCUGAAGCAGGAAGAUGGUUCAGCAGUACUAGAAGAAUUCAAAACGAGGACUGAUAUUUUCUUGUAUGUUGCCAAAACUAUUCCAAAGCUGAAGACCCGGCAGCAAUCUCAGUCAAGCUCUCAAUCUUCUAAUCAACAACCAGGUGGUAAAGGACCGAAGAAAAAAGGAAAAAAAGGACGUUAAUUACUGACCAUAUUUUAUAGUAAUAAAGCUGAACUAAAUUUAAUUAACAA